AGCACAGCCAGUCCUUUCGUGCACCUCUUGCGCCGCCAGCUUUAGUAGUCUCACCUCGUAUAUUGAGUUGUACUCUUCGGGUGCCUGGACUCGACUUCCCCCCCCCCCCCCCGCAUAGUCCGCAUAGCUCGGCUCUGUUAGUUACUUCCGGGGUUUCGGAAUGGCAUUGCGAACGUGUCUGGUUCAGAGAGUAUUGAGGUUGAUUUUAGAUCGCUGAAGCCUACCUCUACUCUGUGAUUAUUGUCGUGCUAGUCGCUGCUGACCAUUGUACGAGCAUCUGCUCGCCACUCCACCUAACGACCUCGAACUGUCCGAGUCUAAGUGUAUGCAGUGUUUUUUUUUCCCUCUACUUUGAUUUUCCCUCAAGAGCUUUCGCUCGACUGUGGUUACAUUGUGGUAACCGUCGGCUCUUGUAGGAAAAUAUUGACGGGCCCAUUCAAAAUUAGGGUUACAUUUAGUAUCCGCAGCUCUCAAUGGACUUUUUAACGAGGAUAAAGUCACCCUGACUCAGCACGCGUUACCUAGCUCGCAAACGAUCCCUAGUACGCGUUAGAGUAGGUCGCGUUUCUCGCCAUGGCAGCGGAGCAGGGACUGCCGAGUCCCGGCAUUCGGUUGGCGGAUCCCGCCGCGCUUCUAACGCAUAUCGAGGUCCCCAACCAGGUCAAGGAUGUCAUAAUGGACGGUCCAGAUCGCAACAGCGACGCCUACUACACGUAUUUGGACGCCGUGGAUCGGCUGAACGGUGCAGUGCGGUUCAUAGAGGAGGAGUUGCGGAACGGGCGGUACCUGAUCGCCAAGGCCAUGGAGAACGUCAAGGCGGACUUUCACGGGCUGCUGGCAGACAGCAGUCUCUUUCCGGACCUGGACGAGCUUCGGGAGGCGAUGCUGUCAGAGGAGUCACCGGACCAGAUAACGCCCCCAGAGAUGAUUGCCGAGGCUGCGCUGCCGAAGCUGCAUGCCAUGGCUCGUCGGCUGGUGGAGAACGGAUGUGCUUCGGACUGCACGCGCGCUUACAAGGAGAAACGGGAGGCAGCGCUUAGAAGGAAUUUCCAGCGGCUGGGGGUGCAGACGAUGACCAAGGCGGAGAUCCACAGCACCCCAUGGCCGCAGCUGGAGGAGCGGAUGAGGCGGUGGAGCGAACACAUGCACAUUGGGAUGAUUCUGGUGGCAGGCGAACGGGAGGCAUGUGACGAGGUGUUUGACGGGUUGGAGCCGUGCGGCGAGCAGUGCUUCGUGGACCUCUCGCGCUCCUCCAUGCUGCUGCUGGCGGGGUUCGGCGAGGCAGUGAGCGAGAUCAAGAAGACGCCCGAGCGGCUCUUCUCCUUCCUCGACAUGUACGAGACAACCCUCGACCUCAAGUGCACGGUGGACGAGCUGUUCAAGGGGCCCGAGGGGGAGAUGAUGCGGCGCGAGUACCAGCACCUAUUGAAGACGCUGGGGCAAGCAGCGAGAGCGACGUUUGAGAAGUUUGAGGAGGCGGUGAAGGCUCAACCCACCCCGGAGGACAACGGCCCGGGAGGGGCGUACCCUGCUCUCGCCAGCCCCACCCCCAGUGAACGCGGGGGAGGCAGCGGGUUUGCACGGAAUGAGUCGCUGCGCGGCGGAGGGAUCCUGGGCCGGCUGAAGAAAAUGAUGAACAAGGGGGAUGACUCUGUGAGCGAGGUGGGCUCGAUGACGUCCACGUCAACAGCGGCAGCUCACUCCACAGGAGACAUCCACCCCAUCACCAGCUACGUGGUCAACUACCUGCUGCUGCUCUGUAACAGCGAGCUGCCCUACUUCCAGAUCCUCGAGUGCGUGUUUGAGGACAUGAUCAGCAACGCCAGCGACUCAGCAGCCAGUAUCGUGACGCCACGUGUGCAAGGCCGGCUGGCCUUUGCUGCGGCACGCAUCGUGGACGCCCUCAAGACGAAUCUGGGACAGCGGGCGGCGAUGCUAAGGGACGACACCCUGGCUGAGCUCUUUAUGAUGAACAACCUCGCCUAUGUUCUGACCAAGAUUGACGCGUCGGAUGCCGGGCGGCUGCUUGGUACGGCCUGGAUCGGCACAUAUGGAGCGAUGGUGGACACCCACCGAGAUAGAUUCAUCAUGCACACCCUCGCCAAGUUCGACGUGGUCUUCUCAGAUGAGCGCCUGGAUUCCUCCUCUCUCGUCAAGCGCCUCAAGACGUUCAACAUCAUCCUGGAGCAAAUGCGGCAGCGCCACAUGGCGUGGACCAUCACCAAUCGCGAGCUACGGGCGCACGUUAAGGCCAAGACGCUCUCGGGUCUCCUGGACAAGUACCGGGACUUCAUAAUCAAGCACGGUAACAUCCUCCGCAGUCACCGCUCGCUGGAUGUGCGAGUGCUGGCAUGUGAGGAGGUGGAGACAAUGCUGGCAGACUCGUUCAGCAGCAUGCCCAUGGGGAAGAGCAAGUGACAUGCACUAGUGGCAUGCACAAGUGGCAUGCACUAGUGACAUGCACAAGUGGCAUGCACAAGUGACAUGCACUAGUGGCAUGCACAAGUGGCAUGCACAAGUAACAUGCGCAAGUGACAUGCACAAGCGGCAUGCGCAGGUGACACACGCAAGUAGCAUGCGCAAGGGGCAUGCACGGAUGGAGAGGUGGAGAGGUUGGUAGAUGGAUCGAUGGUGAGGUGGAUGGGUGGAUGGAUGGAUAAUGGAGGUAGUGCCGUGCAUGGGUGGGGGUAGAGGAAGGGGAUGGGCACCGGCAUUGGUGCUGGCAUGUGAGGCAGGGGAGACGAUGCCAGCAGACUCACUCAGCAGCAUGCCACCGGGGAAACUCGGACGAUGAUGACGAGGCGGAGAUGUGAGAUGCCAUUAGAACAGGUCGUUGUGGGCAUCCAUGUAUGUCAUAGUGGGGAUGCAACUACGGGUGAGGGAAGGGCGUGUAAGCAUGAUCAUGGUCGUCAAGUCAGCCCCCACGAGGCGCCUAAAAAGCAGAGCUGCAAUCGCACAUCCCUUCAGCACUUUACCUAGAGUUCCUGAACUAUGUGCAUAGAGGUAGUCGGCAACCAAGUCACUUUCUAGAACGCUUGUAUGGUUUUUGUGCUCGCCUACAACGGGCCAUAGGUGACCAAUUCCACAUCCACCUACUAAAUGUAAUUGCCUUUGACAAU